AUGGCCGCUCCUGCUUCUAAAUUACUACGAAAUUUUUGCAUAACCCUUGUGCUUUCUCUAAUUCUUCUCGUCGUUUUGGUUCUCGUUUUAGCCUUCACUGUUUUCAAGCCCCAACGGCCUAUCAUCGUCGUCGAUUCAGUUUCUCUGCUCGAUCUAAACGUUGCUCUAACCGACGGCGUAGAUCUUAAUUUAUCGAUCAAUGUGGAUCUAACCGUGGAGAAUCCGAAUAAAGUGGCCUUUGAAUACUCUAAAAGCACGGCCGUUGUGAUAUACAGAGGUGAAAAAGUGGGAGAAGCGCCGAUUCCAGGUGGACGGUUACCGGGGAAAGGAACAGAGAAAAUGAACCUAACGCUGACGAUAAUGGGGGAGCGGAUGCUGGGGAGGUCGGAGGUGUUUUCGGAUGUGGUUUCGGGUCAACUUUCGAUCAGUACUUUGGCUCGGUUAGCUGGAAAAGUGAAGGUGAUGGGAGUUGUAAAGAUUCAUGUUGUAGCGUCGACGUCUUGCGAUCUGAUAAUUGAUGUUAAGAACGGAAGUUUUGGAGAUCAACUUUGCCAAUUCCGGACUAGGGUUUGA